AUGGCCAUUCUUAUCAGCCACGUCUUGGUGCCAUUUGAUUCCUGCUUGGCCAUGGGAGAAGGGAAACAUUUUGUUUUCUCCACGAACCGACCUGCCUUGUGUGGCUAUGCUGAUACUUUGGUGAAGGCCUUUGAAGUUUCAGUGCUUUUGCUGGCGACGGCCUCAUCCAGCUACUUGUGGUUUGAUCAGGAGCAUUGCCCAAACAAUGUGCGACUUUGCAGGAUUUUGACAGAGAAAGUUCAGAAGAAGAUCAACCUCGUGAUUUGCCCCACCACUAAAAAAACUGAAGAUUCCUGGAACUGCCAUCCGUGUCUUUCCGAAAGCAUCUUCGGCGACUUCAUGCGAUGUGCUACGGUGCGCGUUUGGAAUGGAUUUAGAUCUGAUGCUGAGCAGGUGCGGAGUUGGGCCGUUCACUCGUGA